AAGCAUCAAUCCAAAAGCCUAGCAUGUCAGACAGCCCUUAAAGUAAAAAAAGCUGCACCCUAAAGCUCAACUUCACUCUUUUUUUGUCAGAGGGUUUUCACACUUGAGCAAAAGUAAGUGAAGAUAAUGUGAGAAAAGACUUCCUGUUCAUGGUGGCGUAUCUGAAAUGAAACUUCCUGUCGCUGAACGUUAAGGUAAAGGCAGGCUUUUUUGGUGUGACGUCACUCUUACUUGCCUGACUUGAAACCAGAGGCGAGGUUUAGGGUUUGGGGAACAAGUCCAGGAAGCUGUGUCGACUGAUAAGACGCAAAACGACUGUAUCGUAUGGUGUGUCGCCGUCCACACCCUAACUCCUGGACAUGGCAGGUCUCUGUGGUCUGAAGAUCCUACUGCUGUGGGCUGGUAUCAUCGCUUUGAGUAAAUGUGAAGACAAAACAACCACUCCUACUCCUACUACCACUGCACCCCCCUCAAACAUGUCCUUACCUGCACCCACCAACCAAUCAUCCUCUCAGGCAAACACCACUCAAAAGCAGACCUCACCUGCAGUCACGCAGCCCACCACCACAACGACUCCUACCACCACAGACUCUGCACCUCCAUCGUGUAACAAUAAACCAUGUGUUAAACUUGGUGACAACGACUUUUGCUCAGAUUUUGCUACAAACUUCAAAUCAAGAAACUGUGAGAACUCUUCCUUUACCAUCACCACCAGCAUCACAGCCGGUUUCUUAGAUGAAAAUGAAAUACUUAAGAGCUUACCCAAUGAACUUCCUCCAAAAAUAGAACCAAAGCUUCCUCCAAACUGUAAAAACCUCUCCAUUGAUUACACCUGCUCAGAACCUGGAAAACAAACCGAGCCCAAGACAUUGUCUCAGUUGGAGCCCUUCACAGACUACAGCUGUGUUGGUCACAUCAAGGACAACAACAUCACUAUAAAACACACACCUGCCAUCACAUUUAGGGUGGACUGUGACCUUGAAAUACAGAGACAGACCAGUAAUACCAGUACUUCCAUUGAGUUGAGUUGGACCACAACCAGUUGGAACUGUCGUGACGUCCUUCCCAAACUUGAGAAGUUUUCUUAUGCCUGCACUUGUUCUUCCUCCAGUCAGAAACACAGGGCUCGACCAACAGAACAAUCUGUCGUUGUUCAUACUGAUGGAGGAACAUGUAAGUUCACUGGACUUCAACCCUACACCGAUUACGUCUGUAACAUCCAACCCACCUACAACAACAAGGAUGUUUCCAAAUCAGUUCAAGUGAAAGUGAAAACUGACGUUGGAAUACCAGAAGAUAUCUCUAAGGAACUGACAGUGACUGUUGCACAGCAUAAUAUGAUUAGAGUGACCUGUGAAUACAAUUAUAAACGUGUCUAUGGACCUCAGAAGAAAUACAUAGCUCGUCUUUUUUAUAGAGGUGACACUCAUGAAUUGUUUAAUGAUACGAAAAAGAAUACAUAUAUCUUCAUCAUCCUCACAUCUGUGGCUCUGCUCCUGGUCUUCUACAAGAUCUACAUCUUGAGACGCAGAAAGUCCCGUGACCUGAGUGAAAACUUUGGGCUUAUUUCAACAGGAAAUGAAGAGGAGAGCCUGUUGCCUGUCGAGCCAAUAGCAGCAGAUCUUCUGCUGGAAGCCUACAAGAGGAAGUUUGCCGAUGAGGGAAGACUGUUCCUGGCUGAGUUUCAGAGCAUCCCCAGAAUUUUCUCAAGGUACUCAGUGAAAGAGGCCAAAAAGCCCUGUAAUGCCACCAAGAACCGUUAUGUGGACAUCCUGCCAUAUGACUAUAACCGGGUACAGCUGACCACAGGAAACGGGGAGGCAGGAUGUGACUACAUCAACGCCAGCUUCAUCGAUGGGUACAAGGAACCCAAGAAGUACAUUGCAGCUCAAGGGCCAAAGGAAGAGACUGUGUGUGAUUUCUGGAGGAUGAUCUGGGAGCAGCAGUCCUCUAUUAUCGUCAUGGUGACACGUUGUGAAGAGGGAAGCAGGGCCAAGUGUGCACAGUACUGGCCGUCUCCACAGCGAGAGACGGAGAUCUUUGAGGAGUUCAUAGUCAAGCUGAGCUCAGAGGACUCCUGUCCAGAUUACAUCAUCCGCCAUCUCAGCCUGACUAAUAAGAGGGAGAAGAACUCAGAGAGGGAGGUGACCCACAUCCAGUUCAUGAGCUGGCCCGACCACGGCGUCCCAGAUGAGCCGCAGCUCCUCCUGAAGCUGAGGCGGCGUGUCAAUGCUUUCAAGAAUUUCUUCAGUGGCCCCAUCGUCGUUCACUGCAGUGCUGGAGUGGGCAGGACAGGCACCUACAUUGGCAUUGAUGCCAUGAUGGAGGGUCUGGAGGCAGAGGGCAGAGUGGAUAUCUACGGAUACGUAGUCAGACUCCGCAGACAGCGAUGUCUCAUGGUCCAAGUCGAGACGCAGUACAUCCUGAUCCACCAGGCUCUGCUGGAGUACAACCAGUUUGGGGAGACAGAGAUCACCCUGUCUGAGCUCCACAGCAUGCUGAGCACUCUGAAAGAGAAGAGCUCAGGCAACGAGCCCACAUUAAUGGAGGAGGAGUUUGAGAGACUCCCCACUUUUAAAAACUGGAGGACGUUCAACACGGGGAUCACAGAAGAAAACAUGAAGAAGAAUCGCUCUUCCUCUGUCAUCCCAUACGACUACAACCGAGUGCUGCUGAGGCUAGACGAAGGACACAGUCAUGAUAGUGACCCUGCUGAGGACGAGGAGGAGGAGGAGUCAUCAGAUGAAGAGGAUGAAGAGUCCACUAAAUAUAUCAAUGCCUCCCACUUAGAUGGCUACUGGGGCUCACGCGCCUUCAUCGUAGCACAGACUCCAUUGCCAGAUACCAUGGCAGACUUCUGGACAAUGGUUUACCAGAAGAAAGCUUCCACUAUUGUGAUGCUCUCAGACGAGUCCAAUGACUCUGUCUACUGGGCUAAAGAAAAGGAAACAUUUGGAGACUUUGAGGUUGAGGUGGAAAGCACAGAAACCUCACCAACUUCCAUCACUCGCAACAUGCUGAUCAGUCAUGUGAAGAGGAAAGAUAGUCGGAAAGUGAAACAGUUCCAGUUCCUGAAGUGGGGGAACAGAGAGCUGCCAGAGAAACCUCAGGAUCUCACAGACAUGAUGAAGGAUAUCAGAAACACCUGUGGCAGCAGCAAAUCCCAGAGGAGCAUGCCCAUCGUCGUCCACUGCAACAAUGGCUCGUCCCGUUCAGGGAUUUUCUGCGCCCUGUGGAACCUGCUGGACAGCGCAGAGACUGAGAAGCUGGUGGAUGUUUUCCAGGUGGUCAAAACCCUACGCAAGGGGAGACAGGGUCUGGUCUCCACUCUGGAGCAGUACCAGUUCUUGUAUGAUGCUCUAGAGAGGGUCAUCCCUAUCCAGAAUGGGGACAUAAAAGCAGUACAGGUCCCUGCAGCCGACUCUGUCCAGAUUGUCAAUGAAACAGCCGCACAAACAGCCGCAGCAGCAGAGCAGCCAGUCAGCACUACCAACGAUGAUCAGCAGGGGGCAGCAGAGACCACCCCUCUGGUGGCUGAUGUAGAGAAGGAAGACAAACAAGAGGAGGCUGACAAAGUCUCCAGCACCCCCACAGAGACCACACCACUGGAGGACACCGGCAAUGGUCCCGCUGUCACUGUGGAGGUCUGAGAGGGCGACAGGUGCAUGGCUAUGGUUUUACUUUUCAGAAUAAGUGCUUCGGUUAUUGCUUUCUUUUAAUCUCUUUAUGAAUGUAUGUAUGUAUUUGAUCAAACAUUUUAGGGGUGACUUUCCGGAAAUACGAUUUAAACUAAGUUAUAAGUAAGUUACAAGACAAUAUGUAAGCAUGCAAAGUUUUCAGAAAAGUUUACUAGAAAUGCUGUUAUCAAACUCUGGGUUUAUUAGCAUAUUACGUUUGGUGUAUGUGUUCUUUUUUAUUCUAAACAAACAGACCCUGUGGUCUACAUUUAUACACACUCAAUUAGUAUUUUUUAGGUAAACCAAGUUUAAAUGAACGCAGUCUAAUAGAACAGCCCUGUAAUAAAUCAUCCCUCAUGAAGGCGACAAUGUUCUGUUUAUGUUCACACUAUUUUAGCCAGGUGAUUCAACUCUAGCUUCAUCAUGUAGUUUGUGCUGCUGCUGCUGCUGAACUGGGCUUCAUUAUACAAAGAGGAGCUUCUGUCAUUUAGCCUAGCUUUCUUAAUAAAAAUGGGGUGGACAAAAUAAUGGAAACAUCAGUCAGUAUAAUGUGAUUCAAUUCUACAGCACACCUUCAGCAUCUUCCAAAAUAAUUAAAAUGUUUCCAAAAACAUGAACAUUAUCUCUGUCAUGGAGGGGGCAUUUAUCACAGGUCUGUCUUAUUAGACUGCGUUAGAGUUAGCUGGCUGUACCUAAUCAACUUCUAACUGAAUGUAUAGGGGUGUAUAUGUGACACUGAGCCAAUUUCAUUAAAACAGAUUUACAAUAAGAGUGAAGCAGAGUACUUACUUAUGAACUGC